CACUGCCUGGGAGCGUAUGCUGCGCAUACCCCAACAACCCACGUGAAAAAUAAAAUGGCAACCCAUGAAAAGAGUACUCGGUGUGUUUUGACACUGGUGUUGUUAUUGUUUGCGAGUGAUGUACUGCAUUGCGCAGCACGCUCGUACGACGACACCAGACGACUGGGCUCCUCCGGGGAUGAUAAUAAUGAUGGCUCGGUGAUCCAAGUACUGCCAAUGCACGGGCCCAGCGCUGAUAAUCAUGAUCUUCCUCAGGAUUUGGGAAAACCGUAUCCUGGGAAGAGCUUCGGACCCAUGGGACCCAUCGAUCGCACUUUCCUCGACGAAUCGCUUCGCAACCUAGAGAGCGGCGACGACAGUGGUAUUGUCGGUGGUGAUGAUGCUAAUUCUAAUCAAAAUUCAAAUGGGAAUGCUAAUGUUGGUGGGCACGCCAAGAAGCGAGAGUACAAAGUAUUUAGCGUUGAGUUUCAUCGAGUUGAAACUCCGUUCAUUAUUGGGAUCUGGAUAUUCUUUGCCAGCCUUGCUAAGAUUGGUUUUCACAUGGCACCCAAAUUCAGCAAGAUGUUUCCCGAAUCCUGUCUACUUAUUGUCGUGGGAGUUGUUAUUGGUGUCCUGCUGUUCCAUGCAAGUAGCGUACAUGUAUCACCACUUACACCGGAUACAUUCUUCCUCUAUAUGCUUCCUCCUAUAAUACUUGAUGCUGGUUAUUUUAUGCCCAACCGAUUGUUCUUCGACCACUUGGGAACCAUCUUGUUAUUCGCUGUUAUUGGAACUAUAUUUAAUACUCUGUCGAUAGGUGCAACACUCUGGGUUUUAGGAAAAAGUGGUCUUUUUGGUUUUACAACACCACUUCUCGACAUGUUCCUUUUUUCUGCACUAAUAAGCGCCGUUGAUCCAGUCGCAGUGCUUGCUGUCUUUGAAGAAAUUCACGUCAAUGAAAUUCUUUACAUCGUUGUCUUUGGAGAAAGCUUGUUAAAUGAUGCUGUCACUGUUGUGUUGUACCAUAUGUUCGAAACAUACAGCGAAAUGGGUCCAUCAAGAAUAACAUACAUGGAUCUACUAUCAGGACUAGGAUCGUUUUUAGUAGUAGCCAUCGGCGGAACAAUAAUUGGUGUAAUAUGGGGCUUAGCUACCGGGUUCGUAACACGUUUUACCAAUCAAGUACGCGUGAUCGAGCCCAUCUUUAUAUUCGUCAUGGCCUAUCUGGCUUACCUUAAUGCUGAGAUAUUUCACAUGUCUGGAAUCCUCGCCAUUACUUUCUGCGGUAUAACGAUGAAGAACUACGUUGAAGCUAAUAUCUCCCACAAAUCUCACACCACUGUCAAAUACACUAUGAAGAUGCUUUCAAGUAGCUCUGAGACAAUUAUAUUUAUGUUUCUGGGUGUUGCGACAGUAAAUAACAGACAUGAUUGGAAUACGUGGUUUGUCGUUAUGACUAUUGUACUGUGUUCAGUCUAUCGGAUUGUCGGCGUAAUGGUACUCACGGCAGUGGCUAAUCGAUUCCGGCUGCAUAAACUGGACAAGGUAGAAAAGUUCGUGAUGUCGUACGGAGGGUUGCGUGGGGCCGUGGCAUUCGCCUUGGUUCUUCUCAUCGACCCGAAACACGUGCCUCUGCAGCCGAUGUUUGUAACAACAACUAUCGCCGUAAUUUAUUUCACUGUUUUCAUUCAGGGUAUAACAAUUAAGCCAUUGGUAAAAAUAUUAAAUGUUAAAAGAGCCGAGAGACGGAAACCGACCAUGAAUGAAAGGAUACACGAGAGAAUUAUGGAUCAUAUAAUGGCUGGUGUCGAGGACAUUCUCGGAAAACAUGGAAAUUAUCAUUUAAGGGAUAAAUUCAAAAGGUUCGAUAAUAAAUUUAUACGUCCGUACUUGGUGCGAAAUCAUUACGGUGCUGAGCCAAAAAUAUUGGAAACAUAUUCUAAGCUCGCGAUGAAAGAUGCAAUGGAUUACAUAAGAAGAAAUGCCUCAACAAUUGGAAAUAUAAGCGGGACCGAGAGCAUGUCGGCGAUAUUCCGAAACUACAGCAAUCCUGGACAAUUUAAUUCAAGGUGGGCAGUCCAGAAGAAAUUGAAAAUAAGUCAACACCGUGUGACACCGUUAUUAGCUAAGGGAAGUACAUGUUCCAGUAAUUUUCCUUUUGUUCAUUCAAGUCCAAGUUGCAGUCAACUCGAGGCUGGGUGGAACAUUGACCUGCAGGAACUCGAGUACUACCCCUCAAAGAAAGACUUGACAGACGCUAAGAUCCAUCACUUGCUUGUUGAAGAACUCUGCAAGCCGUACAAACGGCAUCGCCGACUAAGCUACAGUCGUCACGCAGUUAACGAUCGUGAUUUAUCAACACAAGUCAAUUAUAAAAUGCACAUGAACAUUCGUCGGAUGAUGGGUGAGCACAAACACCGACACAAACGCAGUAAAAAAAUACUCAAGGACGGUAGUAAGCAAAAUCACGUGAGUUUUCCUGAGCUUCAGCAGCAAAAUGGUUCAACCAAGCUUUUUUCUCCAGAUUAUAUAGAUGGUGAUUUGUACAAACUUGAAGACGAAGAAGAAGGUAAACCAACACGUGAUCCAGACUGGGAUUCAGCGAUUACUUUUACAGCUCGAACUUCAGGCGAGUCAUUUCGAGUAACAACACCAACGGCUACUGAAACAAUGUUACCAUGGAAACGCGAGGACGAUUAUGAAGAUUCUGCAAGGCCGGUUAAGCAAAAUGAAUUCCCGGCUUGGUGUUCUAACAAAGAAUACCUGGCUUACAGCUCGCCGUCAGCGACAUUUUUGGGUGGAAUUGAGCAACCAAAAGUACAAUCCGUUAUUGGUCUCUUUCGCAAAGACAGCGGUGGAAGUCCAGACCUCGCGGGUUACCGGGAUCUGGAUGAGAGUGAUGAAUUCGCGGGGAUGGGUUUUACAAAUGGAACUUUUUCACCGAGAACUUCAGAUAAAUUGAGUAAAGUUAAACGACGAGGAUCAAUGAUGGAGCUAAGUUCUGCAGAGUCAAUACACAAAGAAAAAGUAAAUAACAAUGGCUCGCAUUCGUUGCCAGAGUACUGGAACUCACAAAGGUUACGUCUACAACAAUCCCAAACAACUUUUCCAUGUUCAACGGCAAAUGCUCCGAGUUUAUCGACAGCACUUAUAUCCUCGUCUACAGAAUCGUCCGAGGAUUAUGAGGAGGAUUGA